UCGUCCUCGCGCGCGCAAGACCGCGCGCGCGACGCGCGCGCGAGGACGCAGAUCGCGCGCGUGACGCGCGGCGUGUUACUUCCGCCGCGCAGCCCUCGCGCGCGCCCCGCGCGUUCUCGUGAGCCCGUGGAUGAUAAAGGGACGUUUCGACGAAAAUAGCAGCUUUUCGUUUCCCGACACGUGUGCGCGCGAUGGUGGCGUCGAGCGACGUGAUGUGCGCUUGAUGGAGACAGUGACCGCAGCGCUCAUUGUGUGUCUGCUCGUGUGGCUCGCGGCCGUGUUCACGCGAUGGCGAACGCGCACGCGGGAUGAGCGCGGACGCGCGCCGUCGCGUUGGACGAGCGAGAGCGAGCAUCGCAGCGCACCGGAGAAGGCGAGCGAAGCAAUGCCGUGCGCAGACGCGCGCGAGAUUGAAAAGAGUACGCACGAACGAUUGCCACGCGCGAGCGCACCAGCUCGCAUGUUGGACAAGAAGCGAGACGUGAUGGCGAAGGCGAGCGGUCACGGGCCUCCACCGCCGCCUGUUUCGAGAUGGAAUCAAAGACCGUUGCACAUGACGAUACCGUCGUACGCGGGGUGUAAAAUCACGCGCGGCGCGUUGACGUACAACAGUGAAAUACCGUUCGAGUUCGAAACGAGCGUUUUCGCCGGUAGAUGUUUGAUUCGGUUCCGAGACUGCCCGCCGCCGCCCGCCGCAGCGGCGCCGGACGCCGCGAGACGACUCGAGGAGUACUUUCGUGGGCGCGCGCGAACGUUCCAAUGCGUCGUUCAAGGCAAAUUCAAGCGACGCAUACGCGCGGACGAAACGGUCACGGGUCAUGAAUUUUUCCAGCCUCUAUUGGGAAUUCCAGGGAAGCGUUUUGUGAAGACUUUGGUGCACAUCUUACGCGCGAUGAAUCCGAGCCUACGAAUGUCGCUGUUCGCGCGAAAGCCUCAGGUGUGGACGUUUCUUGGCGCGAGCGCGCAAGUGAUUUCCAUAGAUACUCCCGGAGACGAGCCCGACAUCACGCGCGGAUCGUUCGAAGAAAACAAUUCCAAGUUCGGCGGCGCGUUUGCGAGCGGCCGAUUGACUUCGGCGCAGCGUCGCCGCCUCCUCGCCGACGUCAAGAAAGCGAAACAGUACUCGUUUUCGACCGACGACGUGUACACGUUUGACUUUUACCAGCACGUCUUCGACCCGAAAACGUUUACCCUGAAUAUUCUCGGCCUCGACGCGUUCCGUGUCGACGUCGCCAGGCACGUCGGCGACCAGCCUCCUCAAAUCAUGGCGCGAACGUCGCGGCCGGGCGAAUAUUUGUUUUGCUUCUGCAUGUGGCACGAGCGCGCGCUCGCUCGCGAGACGAACGACGAGCGUCCAUCUCGCGCACACACAUCACCCUCCCCCCCCGCGUCGCCGCGAAACCCGCGCGGGGCGUCCUCCAAACUUAGAUUUUAA